AUGCAUCGGGCAAGGAUUCCAGAUUGUGCCAGAAUGAAAACCGGAUUCAAGAACUGGUUCUUCAGUAAAGAAGUAGUAGUGGAUAAAGUAAGAGGAUGUCUGAUGGGAGCUAUCAUAUCGGUGACACUCGGGGAAAUUUGUGCGUACAGGUUCCUCAGACAGGACGUUAUCGCAGGGCAUCUUCCGUCUUACAUGACUGAUCUAUUUAUUGUACUCCUAGCAGUACUGGAGACAACAGUAGCACCUUUUAUUGGUUGGGUCGGGCAAAAUAGACGGAGAAUCAUGAUGGCAGUGGCGUGCUUGGUGACCGCACUCUUCACAUUUCUGUGGUUUGCUCUACCGAAGGUGCAUAUGAGUAGUGAAGGUGUUGAGUUUUGCGACGGGGCCAUAAAGUCUCCGGAUAUCAGCAGUGGCCCCAACAUUCCACUAAGACUGCUCAUUAUUAUAUUAACGUUCAUCUUCUUUGGUGUAACGAGACUUAUCGUCUUCUCUCACGGGAUUGCUUACAUUGAUGAGCACGCACCUUCUAAAAUGGCCUUGCAUUUUGGUAUCCUCACAACAUUUCGGAUGUUGGCUUUCGUCGUGGGCCACACUAUGCUGACGGAAUCUGUGGAAACUAAUAUGACAGUGCAGAUAUUAAUAAUCGCUAUCGGGCUAUCGAUCAAUUCUCUACAGGUUAUAUCGAAUAUGCCGAGGGAAAUACCGAAAACGGAGGACAUGCCACCAAUCCCGAGGGAUGAUCGAAGAUUCUUUUCCAGCGUGGGCCGCAUUUUCUCUAAUACUUUGGUGACGUCACAAAUGGUUGCGAUGGCUCUGACUGCUUCUGCGAUUUGGGGCUUUGCCUACCAUCAAGAAGCAUUCAUCGAGGCAAAAUACAAUCUACAUUUGGAAAGGAAUAUUGCAGUAAAUUAUGCCGAGAUACUACGUUUACACGUGGUUGUUUUUGUAAUUGUGUUCUUGGGAGUGAUUUUCGGGCCACCAGUUAUGCAAACAAUUAAGAAGAAAGAUCUUUUGAGCAUUACUAUAAAAGCAUAUGUCUUGAUGAUCCUCGCUUACGUUGUGGUGGGAAUGCUCCCUUGUACGACAGGUGACGUUGCCGGCUUGCAGGAGAAGAUCUAUAUGCAACCACAAUGCAGUCAAACAUGCGGGUGCGAUAUUGAAAGACUAGAGAUAUUACCGGUCUGCGUUGCAGACCAGAUGAUAACCUACAUGUCGCCUUGUCACGCUGGUUGCUCGGGCGUAGAAACAAUAGGCGGAAUUCAGGUGUACAAGAAUUGCACUUGCGCUCCAUUGACCGGCCGCGCUACACGCGGGUCCUGCAGUGAUUACUCAUGCAGAGGGAUAUUCGGGCUGCACGAGUUACUCUAUACAGUGAUGCUCUCAAUUUCUGCGUUGGCUAUCCAAGCGCACGGCAUGGUGAUGCUGCGCUCUGUGGACAGUCGCGACAAGUCCGUUCUGGUGGGCAUGAUCAGUAGCGCCAUCGCACUUUUUGCAUUUUGUUGCGGACAUCUCUUAUUCCUGGAGGUUAGCGACCGUACUUGCAACUGGUAUGAAAACGGAAGAUGUCGACUACAGAACAAAAUGUUCCCGUUUUUGAUAGGCGUCGUGUGCGCCGCAAUCAUACUGUUCUCUUUACUGAUCACUAUUACAACGGUUGUGUUCAUGAAGAAGGCGGCAAAACGAGCGAUGAGCGAACUACCUGUGGAACAGGAAGUUGGACUAGCCAAUAAUAAUGGAAUGUAG